AUGCUGAAAAAAUCGUCUUCAUUUCGAACUCAAAUUCUUUCUUCGUCGACACCAAUCAUUUCAUCCGAUGAUAAAGAUGAAUUUACAAUCAAAUCCAUAUCCGGUGGUUAUAUAAAUCAUUCAUUUAUGAUCAAAAUCAAUUCUCAAGAGAAUAAUGAUAGAAGUCCACAUGUAUUUUUUGUUAAAAUCAAUCUCAAUAUACAUGCCAAACAAAUGUUCGAAGCUGAGCUCAUUGGUUCCCAUGCACUUCGUGAGGUAUGUACACCACUCAUUCGUAUUCCUCAACCUAUUGUCAGUGGGAAUCUUUAUGAAAUUGACAACUACAAUCAAGGUGGCUGGUUUCUUGCUGAAUACAUACCAAUGACAAGCACUAAGCAGAAGAAAACGGAUGAACAAUAUCGUAGAUUUGCCCAAGCAGUAGUCAAAAUGCAUCAGAUAUCAGCAGAGAAGCAUAAAUUAUCUGUCAAUAGUGGUCUAUUUGGAUUUCAUAUUAACAAUUUUUAUAUACAUACCGAACAAGAAAAUGCUUGGAACAGUGACUGGUGUAGUUUUUACCUCGAACAACGUUUAAAACCAGUCUUAUUGAGAAUGAAAUGUGACACUGAUUUUAUCAAUUCUUAUAACAAAAAUAUGGAGUUAAUUUUGCUUUGUGAUCGACUUAUUCCACACGUGCCAUGGUUUCUCAAAACAAUUCAAGCUCAAAUUCAACCAUGCCUUCUUCAUGGUGACUUAAAUGACAGAAAUUGGUCCUUUGACGAAACAGGCAACAUGGUCAUGUUUGAUGGAAGUCCAUUUUUUGGUCCGUACGAAUUUGAUAUACAUACAAUGCCGCAUAAGUUCAUUCAAGCAUAUUAUGAAGCUAUUGGAGGUUCUAUUGAUGGAUAUGAGAUCCGCUUCGAGCUCUAUAAUCUUGUCAGACUCCUUCGAUGCAUCGUCGACAUUGGAUACGAUCAUUGGAGAUCACAGACUGUUGAAUGUCUCAGGAGGCUGUUGACACAUUGCGGUGCCUGGGCAUCACCAUUGGUCAGAUUUCCCUGUGGAAGUAAAAUACCUUUAGACAAGAUCAAUCGUCCCACGAAUGUUGACAGCAAGAAAAAGAAUGCGAUUCUUGUCUAUGGUGGUAGCUUUUGUCCAAUUCAUUUGAAUCAUCUUGCAGUAAUUGAUUUUGUUGCAGAAGUUCUCGAGAAGCCACCGUACAACUUCGAAAUUCUUGGAGGUUACUUUUGUCCAUCGGCUGCGAGUUGGGUGACGAAAAAAUUACGAGGAAAAAAUCUACCCGAUGCACACAGAGAAGCUUUGCUCUUACUUGCCACAGAAGGCACUCGUUGGAUGGUCAAUCGAAGUUAUUGCUCGCCGAACAAACUCUCACAAGCUAUUUUACAGGAACUGAACAAUCUCUUUGGCGAAGAAUUCAACAUUUCAGUCGUUCAUAUUUGUGGUACCGAUGCUAUUGAAAAUAAUACAAGAAGAGUUUCUAUGCAAUAUCCACUUGCAGUUGUCGAUCGACCUGGAUAUGAUAGUGAAACUCCAUGGAAAGACUUUCUUGCAAAUACAACACCAGACAACAGAGAGCGACUGAUUUGGAUCGCACGUUGGACAGGUGAAAUGCGAAGUUCGACCCAAAUUCGACAACUUCUCGUGAAUGCUACUUCGAAUCAUGUAGAUGUGCGCCAGUGUCUUCGAGAUCUUGUUCCAACUUCUUGUAUUGAUUACAUUUUGGAACACAAUAUAGGACAUUGGUUCAGAUAG